CAACAUAAAACUUGAAGGAAAAAUAAAAAAGUGUGGAGCCUCCAUUAACACUCUUCAACAACAACUCACCUGUGAAUGAACGAGUAUGAGUGUGUCAUCUCUCAUCAAUAAUUAAUCUUUCUAACCAUUAACUAGAAGAAUCCACGUUUUCCCAAAUUCAAUCUCAAGACUUGUGUCGCCAAUUUCAGAUCCUUCCUUAAUUAUUUCUAAAUUUCUUUGGGUUUUUCAAAACCCCAUCACAUCAACUCUACUCUUCACUUCACUCUCUUUUCUUUCUUCUGCUUCUAAUUGCAUUGCCCAAGCUCUGCUCUUUGCUUCUUUAUUAGGUGGUUUCUUACUGCAGCUGAUUAUCUAGGACGUCACAAUGUUCAAGCAAUCUCCUAGUAGGAAUAACAGAUCGAAAGGAAUUAAAGUGAAGCACAUCUUGCAAAUCUGUGUCUUGCUGGCUGUUUGCAUUUGGUUAAUUUACCAAGUCAAGCAUUCUCAUGAGAAAAGGCAGGAAUAUGAAGUUAAGGAUGAUAAGGAUGUGGUAAAGGUUCAAAGUGAUGGUGUGAUCCCAAGAAUUGGGAGAAGAGAUAUUCCUAGAAUCACGGAGGUAGAUACAAAUGGUGAAAAACAUGAAGAAGAUGAAGAUGAAAAAGAUGGAGAAGAGGAAGAUAACAAACAUGAAGAGGAUGAGUCAGAAAUAGAGGAUGUCAAAAUUGUAGAGAGAGAAGAGGAAAGAGGAGGUGGAGAUGAUGAAAUAGAUGAACACGAACCAGAAAAGACGGAGACUGAGUCUGAACAUGAAGAGGAAGCUGAAGAAGAAGAUAAAGAGAGGGAAGAAAAAGAGGAUGUCACCGAAGAAAACCAUACUGAAGAUGAAGAAAAUGAUGAUGCUCAUGAAGUGCAACCUGAAAAGGAAGAUAAUGAGGAGAACUCUGAAAAGGAGGUUCAUAUUGAAUCUGAAGAACAUGGCGAUGUUGGUAAAGAAGAUCACAGUGAACAAGAGGUCACAUCAGAUGAGCAGGACCAUGAUGUAGGGAGAACAAAUACUCGUGAAGCCCAAGAAAUGCUUUAUAGGGCUGAUGAUGCUUCCAGUGAAGUUGCUCACAAUGUUCAAUUUGUUAAUUCAGAAACUGAGAAUGUGACAUCGGGUCACGGAAAUGAAAUGUGGGGAAAGAUCAACUUUGGGCAGGAGCAUGAUAACAAAACCUCUGAUAAUGCUGAAGAGUUGAUCAAACCCGAGGUGCAACCUAGAGAUUUUGACACUGGGACUUCUAAUGUAACAGUUACUGAACCAAAGAACUAUAAAGUCAACUUGACGAAGCCUGAUGCUAGCUCACUACAGAACUCAACAUUGCCUGAAAUCACUAGUAAUUCAACUGUUGCUGGUGGUCAACAUUCUGCCGCUUUGCUUUCUAAUGAAACACAGACAACACUUGAUUUUAAUGUGUCCCAAAAUGGUACCGUGGAAUUGCCUGGUGAUAAAGAACCAAAAUUGCCAGGCAAUGUAUUGGAACAGGAUGUUAAGAUCAAACUAGCUACAGAUGACAAGAGCCAACAGGAAACGUCAGCAGAUGGCAAUAAAGCUGAGGAUGUAAAUACUAAUAAUGGAGAAUCCUUAAGCUUACACAAUUCUACAUUUUCUACAUCCCAUGACACUACAAAUGAUAAGGAUACCAAGGAAGCUGCAAAAAAUAGCUCUGUAGAUAAUGAAAAUCAGGGUGAUAAAUCAGAUAACAGUGGAGAAGCUGCGUCAGAUGAAAUUGCUGAGUCUCACUCUGACGAGGUUACAGGCCAUAUUCAGCAUGACCCUAUUGAUGCUUCUGAUACUACUGCCCUUGUGCAGGAAGAGAGAGAAUCUAGGACGGAUUUGAACACACUGCCUAAAAUCAGAAAUGAGAUUCAGAACACAGAAGAAGUUGUGUCUGAAUAAUUUGUGCAGAUUUUGCAAUGUGAGUAAUAUUUUCCAGUCCCCAUAUUAAGCUGUAAUUUUAGUUUAGUUAUGUUCUUUUUUCGCCUACAUAAACAUGUUAGGUUGUGGUGUUAGUUCUAUAAUACUUCAUAUAUCGUUUGAUCAUGUAGAAAACAGUAAUCUCAAGUUUGCAGUAAUUGUAGGUUAAUUUAAAUUAAUUCAGCUA